AUGGCUAGCCUCAUUGCACGUGUGGGUAACAGCCGUGGGCAGAACGCGCCCUUGCCGCCUUGGGCGCAUUCUAUGCUGAGGUCCCUGGGGAGGAGUCUUGGUCCUUUAAUGGCCAACAUGGCAGAAAGAAACAUGAAGUUGUUCUCAGGGAAUGUAGUGCCAGCCCAGGGGGAGGAAACCUUUGAAAACUGGCUGACCCAAGUCAAUGGGGUCCUGCCAGAUUGGAAUAUGUCUGAGGAGGAGAAGCUCAAGCGCUUGAUGAAAACCCUUAGGGGCCCUGCCCGGGAGGUCAUGCGUUUGCUUCAGGCAGCCAACCCCAACUUAAGUGUGGCAGAUUUCUUGAGGGCCAUGAAAUUGGUGUUUGGGGAAUCUGAAAGCAGUGUUACUGCCCAUGGUAAAUUUUUUAACACCCUGCAGGCGCAAGGGGAGAAAGCCUCCCUUUAUGUGAUCCGUUUAGAGGUGCAGCUCCAGAAUGCUAUUCAGGCAGGCAUCCUAGCUGAAAAAGAUGCCAACCAGACCCGCCUGCAGCAGCUCCUUUUAGGGGCUGAGCUGAAUAGGGACCUGCGCUUCAGGAUUAAGGAACUUCUCAGGGUGUAUGCAAAUGAACAGGAGCGCCUUCCUGACUUCCUGGAUUUAAUCAAAAUGAUAAGGCAGGAAGAGGAUUGGGAUGACACCUUUAUUAAACGGAAGAGGCCCAAAAGGUCUGAGUCACUGGUGGAUAGGGCAUCUAGCCCUGUGUUGUUUCAGGGCCCCCCAUUGAUGGCCAAUGGCAGUGCUGACUGCAACGUGAUAGAGAUAGAUGAUAGCCUGGAUGACUCAGAUGAGGAUGUGAUCUUGGUGGAGGCUCAGGAUCCUCCACUUGGUGCCCCUUCCUUCAGAGAUGAGGCCAGAUCUCAGGAUCAAGUGCUGUUUGUUGAUUCCACCAACAAUUAUGUGCCUCAGGUUGCUUCCUCCAGUGAUGGUUCUGGGCAUAAGAAUGAUGGUCCUGGGGAUGUGCGUAGAGGCAGGAAGCGAAAAUACACAAUCCGCUGCUCAUAUUGUGGGGAGGAGGGACACUCAAAGGAAACAUGUGGCAAUGGGAGCAACAAGGGCCAGGUUUUUGAGAACCUGAUCAUCACCCUGCAGGAGCUGACCAAUCCUGAGGAGGAGGGGUCAGGUGCACACCAUGACCUCUUUGAGGCAGAGGAAGGUGAUAGUCGCCAGUUUUAAAUGAGCCCUUAUCUAUAUUCAGAGUCCAAUGAUGGGAAAACUGGGGGGGGGGCUUCUAAUUGCAUGAGUCAUUCCACAAAGCGGCUAUCUUUUGGGGUGGAGAAGAGGGUCUUGGAUACCAGCAUAGUUGAGGGAGAUGGCCUGACCUCUGCCCUUGCUUUGUCACCCCGCUGCCUAUGGCUCUAUCUUCUGUGUAUGCCCAUUUUCCUGAUGGCUUUAUUCUCUUUGUGAAAGUGGUACCAUUCAUUGUUAAAUCUUCAAAGUACAAAAAGUAAAAAUUACCCCAAACUCUCCACCCUUACAUAACUAUUGUCAACCCUUUGAUGAGCAUCCUUCUAGAUAUUUCCCUAUACCAGUGUAUCCAGAUAGAUAGAUAUAUGUAUAGAUGAAAGUAAAUAUAAGUGCUGUUCUAUACUCUGUAUUUUUUCACCAAACAAUAUAUGUUGUG